CGCGGCGGCGGCGGGCGGGCCAUGGCGGUGGGGCUGGAGGAAGCCUUCGGGGCGGCGGGGGAGUUCGGCGGCGGGCAGCGGCGCCUCACCGCCUUCCUGGUGCUGCUGCAGGUAUACGUGGCUUGUCAGUCGAUGCUUAUUGUGCUUGUGGGAGCUGUGCCCGAGUAUCACAUAGACCAAGAAGGAAUUCCGGUGAGCAGAGCUGAGCUUGCCAAGCAUAUCCAUUUUGUGGACAACUUCACAUCUAUAGUAACUGAGUGGUACCUAAUUGAACAAGAAGCCUACAAAGUAAGCCUUGCAUCAUCCCUAUUUUUUGCCGGAUUGCUUAUUGGAAAUAUCACGUUUGGUCCUUUGUCAGAUAAACUGGGCAGGAAACCAGUGUAUAUUUCAGGUCUGUUUUUUGAUGUCGUUUUUGGGUAUGUCACAGCAUUAGCUCCGAAUUAUGACAUAUUUGCAGUUUCACGGUUUUUUGUUGGAAUUGUGAAUGGUGGAAUGGCUCUUGUGUCUUUUGUCCUAACCCAGGAAUAUGUAGGAAAAUCAUUUUGGUCAUUUACAGGUUCAUUAACUAAUUUGACGUUUGCAGUUGGCAUUGCUGUUUAUGCUUUGCUGGGUUACUGUGUACGAGAGUGGCGCUACCUUGCCUUGGUGUCGAAUACUCCAGGAGUCAUCUUCCUCCUUCUUUCUUUUAUGCUCCCAGAAUCACCACGAUGGCUGUAUUCCCAAGGGAAAACGGCAGAAGCUGAAGAUGUGUUGCAAUAUAUUGCCCUCGGUAAUGGAAAAGAGAGAUUAAAUCUAAAAUUAAAACCAAGUGCAGGAACUUUGAGAAAGGAUGAAUCGGCACCUGGUAUCCUAAACUUAGCAAAACACCCAGUCCUUCGGUGGCGAACCAUCAUACUGAUGUACAUCUGGUAUGUCUGCAGCUUUGUGUACUAUGGACUAACUUUAAAUGCUGGUGAAUUAAGAGGAAAUCUGUAUUUAAAUGUGGCUCUUUCUGGUCUUGUAGAAGUUCCAGCCUUUCCUCUCUGCAUGUUUUUUAUUGAGAAAUCCUGUGUAUUUGCAAGCCACCCUUUAUGUGGGUACUUACUUCCAAAGGCCGAACAAUCUGGCAAUCCAGAGCUACUCAGGGUUUCGUGUAACCUUCAGUUUGAGUAUUUUGGUAACGAUACUUUGGUCUCACUGAGGUCUGGAAGACGUAAAACUAUGACAUGUUUUCUGAUGUUUGCAGGAUUUGCCUGUAUAUUUACCAUGUUUUUACCAACAAAUGCUGGUCUGCCCCUCAGUCCCACUUUGUUAGCUUUGUGUGGAAAAAUGAUGGUCAGCGCCGCUUUCAACAUCGUGUAUAUUUAUACAUCUGAACUAUACCCAACAGUACUGAGAAAUGCUGGCUUGGGUGUCUGUUCCAUGUCUUGCAGAUUUGGGGGCAUUUUGGCUCCGUUUGUGCCGUCCAUGAAAUCUCUUAGUCCUUCUGUACCGUUUGUGGUGUUUGGAAUCAGUGGACUGUCAGCAGGAUUCCUGACUCUCCUUCUGCCAGAAACACUAAAUAAGCCAAUUGCUGAGACCAUUGAAGAUCUCCAGAGUCCCAAAUACCAAGUGCUUAAGAACGAAGAGGCAGAGCAAACGAGUUAGAAGAAACAGUUAAGUUUCAGAAGGCCUGUCUGUGGUGGGAAAUGAAGCCUCCAUCGAGAAGGUGCUAUUGAAGGGCAGAGUCUUGCUCUGUCUGACAGGAAAUAUUGGAGGACUCGUGUAAUGCUGUUUGUAGCAUGGUGAACUGUUUUACGUGGAGGCAAAUUGAAAACAUGGAAGUUGAUCCAAAGCUUAUGAGAAAAGAGGUGACACAUCUGCAUUAAUUUAAUGACUUAACGAAAGCAUAUUUGGGAUGUUUGGACUUCUCUACGGCUUCUUAAACUGAAGUAUUAAUUUAUUUUACAAAACAUAAUUGCUAGCUUCAGAUUAAGCAAUAAUGUUGUAAUUGAAGCGAUGUGUAUAAUUUAAAAUUUAGAUGGCCUUAUGUAUUCAGGCAAGCCGUAAUCGUGAAAAGUAACAGCAUCCUAUAUAUGCUAAUUUUCUCUACAGGCUUUUUUGCCUCUAAAUUACAGUAUACUUCACAGUGUGAAGAGACCAAAGAUUUUUAUGGGUUGUUGGCCUUAGUAUGUCUAGCAUAAGAAACCUGAACAUGAGAUCUGAAAGGAGAAUAAAUGGAUUUUAUUGUGGAAAUAAUUUUUUAAUACAGUCGUACAUGAAGAUAUGUACAGAUAAAAGUAAUACUAUAUUGGAAAAAUGUUGGGCCUUUUAGAGGUAAAUUUAAAGGAGAGAAUGAAUAACCUUUUAGACAAAGGUUGUUAAGUUCUAGCUGUACAUGUGGAACUCGAAAUUAUUGAAUAUGAGUCAUAUAUUGUAUAAUAUAUGUAAUAAUGUGUAAUCCAGUACACUUCACAUAUGGGAAAUUCUUCCUGCGAGGGUGUGUGUGUAUGGGUUUGGUUAACAGAUAAUAUGUUACAUUGGAAUAGAUGUAUUACAAAUGUUACAGUUUUUUUGAUG